AUGAUUCCACAACAACAACAACAACACACAACAAAAUCUUCCAAACGCUCAGCAACACCACCUCCUCCUCCGCCACAACAACAACAUCCCACUCAAUGCCAUUUCUAUGUGAAACAAAAACAUCGAUUCUGUAAGAGAGAACGUGCACCGAAUAGCCUCUAUUGUCAUACUCAUACCAUUUUUGAACAUGAUUCAAAUCUCAAUUCUUUGACACUCGAAACCACGACGACUAUGACUACUACGACUAUGACUGCUACGACUAUGACUACUAUGACGACUUGUCUUCCACAAAUUCCGAAUGAUCAUUCUCAACCAUCAUCAUUAAAAAGAGUUCCAUGUCCCAUUGAUCCUUCUCAUAGUGUUUAUGAAUAUCGAUUGAAAAAACAUUUAAAAAUUUGUAACAAAUCUCUCUCUCAAAAUCGAAUGAUGCAACAACCCUAUUAUUGUCCAUCGAUUCAUUACAAUUAUUUAAAAAAGAAUCAUACACAAGAUUUAAAUAUUUUGUAUCAUAAUCCACAAGAUUUAAAGAAUAAUGAUACAAACAAAGAUCUUUACAAGAAUGAUCGUAUGAUUUCAUUCCAAACCAUUGGUGAUCUCGUUAAAAAUCAUUCUGAAUAUUUUAAAAAUUUAAUUUCUAAAAUUAAUCAUUUAUAUGAUCAUCAAUUACAAAUCAAAACAAUCAUUCAAGAUCACAUGAAUGAAAAUUAUAACUUUUUAAGUGAUGACGAAGAGUUUAGAGAAAAACAUCACAAACAACACUGUUCUAUUAUUUAUAAUAUUGAACAUGCACAUUGUCUUUCGAAUGAUUUUGAUUAUAUUGAAUUUGGAUGUGGAAAAGGAACAUUGAGUUAUUGUGUGAGAAGAGCCUUAAUUGCUCAAAGGAGAGAGAUCACAAUGUGCAACUCGAGUUCAAAUUUUAAUAAUUACUGCAGAAACUCUAGUCAUACUUCUCAUGAGAGUAAUAAUAUGGUCAUUUCUAAUCAAACUUUUAUAUUAAUUGAUCGAGAAAAUCAAAGAAGAAAAGUUGAUAAUUUUAUUAAAUAUGGUACUCGAUUACAUAACAAUAAGAAUCAACCACAAGAUGGAAUGCUCGCCACAGAGAUUGUUCAUGUUGAAAGAAUUCUUGCAGAUAUUGGAGAUUUAGAUUUAUCAAGAGUGAAAUGUUUGAAUGUUCUGAAAGUUCUGAAAUCUCUUCAAGUUCAACCAUUAUGA